GAGCCAUCUCUAGCUACGGUCGUUCAAAAAAAAGGUAAACAAAAGAAUUAUCAAGAUCAACUUGGCCAAAAUAUAUGAUAAUGGACACUGGGGAAGUAGAUGUGGGGCGCCUCCUGCUACUAAAGUAUCCUGGUCUGACCGCGGAACUGAAUCCAAGUGGUUAUUGCAUCAUAAGAGGAGUUUUUUGCAGUGAGGAAAUCUGGCGUAGCAUCAAGCUCUACCUACCUCACCACCCAGCUCUCCAUGGUUUCCAGCUGUAUGUGCAGGAAAGCUUGGUGUACAAGUUGUAUACAUCGGAAAACCUUAAGCUACAGGAUGACUGGAUGCUGGAGGAUUUUCUGGACAAUCUGGGGAAGAUCCUUCCUGCCAAGAAACCCCCGAAAGCUUCAAAGGAACCACCGCAGCAGGGGUGUGUCUAUUCCGAAAUCCUAGAGCUGUACAAAUCGAAGGAAUACUGCAUGCAAAUUGAUGAGGACUGCACCCGCCUUCGCAUUAGCGAAUUUGUCGACUUCGAACAGCAUUACUUGGAACUGGAGAUUCCCUCUCUUCGCCUGAUAGAGCACAGCCUUCCAGAAUGCGUGUCACUGGGUGAAAUCCUAACCAAGAGCGCGGGAACACUGGAGCAGGUUCUUGUCCUUUUCCGCAAGCUCCUGGAGGAGCUGCGUCCCUUCUACGACAACUUCAUGGACAUCGACGAGCUGUGUCAUGUGCUCCAGCCGUCGCCUAUCACCACCAAACACAACUCAAGGGUAUUUCCUCUCAAGGAUCGGGUCUACUUGAAGUUGAUCAUCGCAGAUCCCUUUGCCUGCAUCGCAUCCAUGUCCCUGAAGAUCAUUGGGCCCACGGAAGAGGUGGCCCAUCUGCGCCACGUACUCAGCGAGGGGCUGGGCAACUGGGACUCAGAGCUGGACAUCCACAAGAAUCUGCUGCGAAUGUUCGACCUGUGCUACUUCCCCAUGCCAGAUUUUUCUGAUGGCCCCAAGCAGGAUGAGGAGGACAACGAGGAGCUGCGCUGCAACAUUUGCUUUGUCUAUCGCCUGGAUAAUGGCGAUGUGCCCCUCGUCUCUUGUGACAAUCCCAAAUGUGUUCUGAAGUGCCAUGCCGCCUGCUUGGAGGAGUGGUUUCAGACGCUGAUCGAAGGCAAGACCUUCCUCGACGUCUCCUUUGGCUUGUGUCCCUUCUGCAAGGCGAAAUUGUCCACCUCCUUUGCGGCUCUUCUAAAUGAUUAAAAAUGGUACAACGAUCCCAUUCAAAUAAUAAAAAACAACUGUUUAAGAGUAACUUAUUACAGAGAAGCUUUAGUUUCAAAUAAUCUUAAAUAUCAAUUAGGUAUAAUUUACUUCAACUAAAGAACAUAUAUGCA